AUGGUACUCGGCAACAGACUCACCACAGAAGUCGGAUUCAAGGUCGGACCCGUCCUGCUCGAGGUUUUAGCCAAGCACUACCUCGACCGACCCGGAAAGGAUGGCGACGAGAACAGCCCAAAGCUGCGCAAGGACGAUAUUCUAUACGACGAAGCAUUCACAAUUGUUAAAGCAUUCCUCAAUGCCGCAAGCUGGCAUACUGUAGAAGACCUGCAAGCGUUCUCAAACACCCGUACACCGUCACCACCAUGGGUACACGUCUUCCGUACCACUGUGCCAAUGUCGUGUUGCGAUGAAGCCGCUUCCUAUCUAAUCAGCGCGCUUGGCGGAGAAGAUGUCUGCCGGAGGGUCGUCGGUGGGGUCAAAUGGUGGCAAGUGAGAGGGAUCGACGGCGUGGACGCCCAAUGGAUUGCAGCCAAGAAGGAUUGGAGAGAAGCCAAACGCCGUUUCAAACAGCGCGGCGAGAAAUACUCGACUGCGAAUGAAGAAGGAACGUAUGCCAAAGAUAUGGAUGCUAUGCGUUGCAUUCUGUACUUGCAUGGAGGCGGCUAUUACUUUGGGAGCGUCGACCAAGAGCGAUACAGCAUCCAAAGGCUUGCCAGGAAGAUCAACGGUCGCGUUUUUGCUAUCAACUAUCGACUAGCACCUCAGUACCCUUUCCCCUGUGCUCUUCAGGAUGCCCUUGCUUCAUAUCUCUACUUGAUUAGGCCUCCGACUGGCGCUGAACAUCAAGCCGUAGACCCUGCCCAUAUCGUCAUCGCAGGAGAUUCUGCAGGAGGCGGCUUGUCACUGGCUUUACUUCAGGUUAUCCGUGAUACUGGCCUCCCAGCCCCCGCUGGCGGCAUCUUGAUUUCUCCGUGGUGUGACCUCACCCAUUCGUUCCCAAGCAUACACCUCAACACGAAGACGGACGUGAUACCGGAUUGUGGGUUGUCGUUUCAUAAGCCAAGUCCUCUCUGGCCUCCCCCACCCCCAGAAAUCUCCGACCGCGUUCAUGCUUCGAUUCGACAUCGCCUACGUCAGGUAUUCAACAAAGACGAUACCCCGGCUGGACACACCGAUACCAUAAUUUCGCAUGACCAGAAGUCUGGGAUUGAAGGACUUCCUGUAGAUGUUGGCACCACAACCGCAGUUCCGGAAGAACAGACGAAACUCGUCGAGAAGAUGGUGUUCGAAUUAGACAACGAAACCGUGGAAAUCGAAAGCCAGUUCCACUUCUAUACCCGCAAUUCGCUCUUGGUGCAUCCACUGGUCAGCUCAGCGAUGUCAUACCUAGGCGACCUGCCCCCACUGUUCUUCAUUGCGAGCGACAAGGAAGUGCUUCGGGAUGAAAUCAUCUACACUGCCCAUCGAGCGGCGGACCCAGCCAAAUUCCCCGUGCAGGAAAGGUGCCUCGAUCUGUACCCUACUCUGAGGAAGUACAAAGAGAUGAAGCCAACCUCGGUCCAUCUACAGGUGUAUGAUGACACCGCGCACGUCUUGCCCAUCCUUUUCGCGUUCACCACACCGGCCAAGUUCUGUUUCAGAGCCAUGGCUAAUUUCGCGAAACUGGUAACGGGAAUGCCCCUGGUUGCCCCAUUAGUUGCCAAAGAUUCCUUCCUCUCUCAGAAAACAGACGGGAGCAAGACCAACAGCCCCGUAACACCUUCAGGUUCUCGCCGCGCGUCGCUGUCUGCCGAAGCCGACGCUUCAGUGUCCAAGAAGCGACGAAUGUCCGCCAUCUUCCUCCCUUCUAAUACAACAAACGAGCUUUCCCCGGCGAGACCAUCCCUUCGGCGUUCACUCUCGGCGAGGUUGGGCUUUGGUUCGCCGAGGAAUUCUGGGAGCCCCGAGACUAAACCCCAAGUGGAGAGCCCUCCCACCAUGUCCCAACAGGACUUGGUGUCAGAGCCCAAACCUAUCGCUGAAGCAACAGGCCCACAGCCUUCCCGUGGGGAAACGACUGCGAGCGACGUUGCUGGUCCCAGGUUCAGUUUUUCCAGAUCACGUUCGCCUCCUCCCCCAGGCGAGCGAUAUGCUGGCGAGGUUUCUUUCUACCAAUCCAUCAAGAACCCCCAAUCCUGGGAAUGCGGCAUGGUCAGAGAGCGCGUUUCCACCGAAGGCAUAAUCCGACCUCUCGAACCUGCCUCCGAGCUCGAAGCGAUGCAGAUACCAGAUGAAAUCCUAGGUCGCAUAUCGGAACUCGCAGUUCGACGAUACCUCGAUUCCCAGAAGGCGUACGACAAGAAGUUUGCGCACACGUAUAAGCAAAUUGAGAAACAUCGCAGGAGGAAUUUGGAGAGAGCGAAGCAGGAUACGAUUAAGAGGAUGUCUAAGAUUAAGAAGAGCAUGAGGGAUAGGGAGCUGAAAGAGAAGGGCAAAGGGACGAGUACUGGGGAUAGUAGUGAGAAGGAGGAAGAGGAUUUCAAGGCGUUCCUGCUUUCGACCCCUGGGUGGAGUUGUGCAUGGGCGUUGGACGAAGGCGAAAUGCCACCUCCUAGCAGCAUCGUUGCCCGACGAGAUACGGAAGAGGCCAGACAACUUGCCGAGUUCGCUGAUAGGACUUUGUUGGGAGGAGAACGGGACCAUGCCUUCAGCGGGAACAACCUGUGGUCGGUUGUCAUAAACUUCUUCACCGUCAAUCCAGACAGGUCCAAGUCAGGGUUCUUCGCGACGAAGGAGAACCAGCAACCAGAGUCGUCCAGUAAGGAGGAGCCCAGGCAAAGCCGUCGCGCGAAGCUCAAGUCCAAGUUCAUGCCUUUCCAUGGUCAUCACGAGAAACCUUCGGACUCGUAA